AUGCGGCUACAGGCGGCGCUUCUUCUGCUCGCCUCGUGCGUGCCCUCGACGUGGGCCAUCUACCCCGACGAGGUCAACCAUAUCGAUUUCCACCAUGCUUUACUCGGCGCCCCCUCGUCCCAAUCGACCUUCUUCCUCAAACCCUCUACCUCCUCCAAUGCUUCGCUUCUCUAUACCCUGUCGGAAAAGUCGCUCCUCGGUGCUGUAAACCCCCGCGAUGGCUCCGUGGUCUGGCGACAGAAUGUCUCGCGAGCCUCGGGACCGGCCGACCACGGCGCUGCCCCGAUCCUACGUGCGUCUGACGGUUCCAACGCCUUGGUCAGCGCCGUGGGUGACUACCUUUCGUCGUGGAGUGCGCUGGAUGGAAAACUGAUCUGGGAGAACUCGUUUGACCAUGAACCCCUGGCCGAUCUGGAGCUGUUGGAGCUGCAGGAUGCCAGUGCCGCGGAGUCCGCCGCCAAAGACACGAUUGCGCUGUUUGCCGGAAAGUCUGGAGUGGUUAGGAGACUGGAUGGAGACUCUGGAGAAGUGAAGUGGGAGUACAAGGAUGAAAGUGGUGACCUUCCCUUCCAAGUCUCUUCCUCCGCUACCGAGAUCUUCUACAUUUCGUUGCAAUCGGCCCUGCUGAAGGGUUCCAAGAUCAAGAUCACUUCGCUGGACCCAUUGUCCGGUCGCCAGAAGCACCAGGUGACGCUGAACUCGGAGGGCGAUGUGACCGGGCCGGAAGCUGUCCUCUUCGUGGGCGCUAACACCGCCGCUCCGUUGAUUGUCUGGACUGAUAAGGCAAGCAAGGUGUUGAAGGUCAACGUGAUUGGAUCCAAGUCGGUCAGCUCGCUGAACAUCGAUAACACCAGCGGCGAGGAAAUCCGGUCGGCUACCGUCCAUGCUCCCAAUAAACUCAACUCGCUCCCGCAUUUCCUGGUGCACUACCAGACGGACUCUAGCUCCUGGGCUGAGGUUUACCACGUGGACCUGAAAUCGGGCGCCGUUUCCAAAGCGUACAAUCUCCCUCGUCUGCCUGGAUGGUCUGUUUUCGCGACCAGCAACAAGGAUGCGAAUGUUUAUUUCACCCGCAUCACGCCCACCGAGGCUUCCGUUGUUUCGUCGGCUUCCCAUGGUAUCCUGGGGAGAUGGCCCUUGCAGUCGCGGCCCACCGAACGAGCUGUUUACGCCGCUUCCGAGGUGGUUGCCAAAGGUGACUCCGUGGCUGUCCGGUCGGCGGCCGUUUUGGCGUCGGGCGAUUGGGAGCUGAUCCGCAAUGGCCAGACCGAGUGGACCAGAUACGAAGCUUUGUUCGGUGCCUUGGCUGCCCAGUGGGCUGAAACGGACGAACAGGAGGAUCUGGCCCAUCAGCUCGAAGUCGAGGGCCACGAGAGCCUCUACGGAGCAUACGUGCAUCGGGUCAAGCGCCACGCGAAGGACCUUCAGCAUCUCCCCGACUGGCUGAGGGAGUUGCCUAAGCGCGUUCUCACCAGUUUCUUGACUGACGAGGUUUCGAAUCUCGAUGGAUUCGGACUCUCGAAGCCCGUCAUUGUUGCUACUGAGAAUGGACGAGUCUAUGCCCUCGACACCGGCAAGCACGGCUCUGUUUCUUGGAGCGUGAAGGCUACCGAUGCGGAUUCGUGGAACGUCAAGGCAAUCGUCACCCAGCCCGGCUAUGCUACCGUGUACGCCGACGACGGUAGCUCAGUCAAGCUGAAUGUUACCUCCGGCGGCAUCAUCGACCGCUCACCCGCUAGCACCAAGAUUCGCUCCAUUGCUAUCGUCAGUGACGAGGUGGCUCCGCUCACCAUUGGUAUCCAGGAGAACGGCGCACCUGUUAGAUCGGUGGACCGCCCUGGCUUCUUCGUGACCCUGAGCGAUGACGAUCGAGUUCUUGGAUGGAGCACCAAGGAUAACAAGAACCCCAUCUGGGAAUUCUUGCCUGCCGCCGGCCAAAAGAUUGUCCACGCAACCGCCCGGCCUGCUCAUGACCCCGUCGCCUCGAUUGGCAAGGUCCUGGGUAACCGAUCAGUUCUCUACAAGUACCUGAACCCCAAUCUGGCCCUCAUCACGGCCGUGGGCAAGAGCUCCGCCAGCUUCUACCUGCUGGAAGCCAUCACCGGCAGGAUUCUGUACACCACCACCCAAGACGCUGUCGACACUACUCAGCCCAUCGCCUCGGCCAUCUCCGAGAACUGGUUCGCCUACUCCUUCUGGGGCGACGUCUCCGACGCCUCCGACGCCAAGGGCUACCAGCUCGUCGUGUCGGAACUCUACGAGUCACCCAUCCCCAACGACCGUGGUGAUCUCGGCUCCGCAUCCAACUACACCAGCACCGCCCUCCCCCUUCCCCACGUCAUCUCGCAAGCCUUCGUCAUCCCAGAACCUAUUUCCCACAUGGCCGUCACCCAAACCCGCCAGGGCAUCACCACCCGGCAGCUCCUCUGCACCCUCCCCGCCACCAACUCCCUCAUCGGCAUCCCCCGUCCGGUCCUAGACCCCCGCCGCCCCGUAGGCCGCGACCCGACCGCCGUCGAAGCCGAAGAAGGCCUCUUCAAAUACAACCCCUUCCUCGAGUUCGACGGCAAAUGGUACCUGUCGCACUCGCGCGACGUGGCCGGUCUCACGACCGUGCUGUCCAAACCCACCCUGCUUGAAAGUACGAGCCUGAUCUUCGCGUUUGGCGGCGACAUCUACGGCACGCGCGCCACGCCUAGCCAGGCCUUCGACGUGCUCGGGAAGAGCUUCUCCAAGGCGCAGCUCCUCUUGACUAUUGUGGCGUUGAGUAUAGGAGUGGUUAUCCUGUCGCCGAUGGUCCGAUCAAAACAAAUCAACCAGCUCUGGAAGGCCGGUUAA